AUGGCCGAGAACGAGGCUGUUGCAGCUGCCCCGCCCCCUUACGUCGGAGCAGGAAGCAGUGAUGUCUGCUUGGAGGCGGAGGCGGCGGCUUCUCUCCGCGCGGAGCCCGGCCCGGCGUCCGAGGAGAAGGCGGGAGCCCGGCCGAAGCAGAGAGGGGGAAGAAUCGUGCCCUCACGAUACCUGGACUAUCAAAAAGGAUCUGGAAAGGCCGCUGCCAAAGCCACAGCUGACCCUCAUGAGGUUUUGCAGUCCACUUUGGUGGAGAGCCACGGAAGAUCCCGGCCGGAACUAGAGGUCUCUGCCAUCAAAAGCAAAAGCUGCCCCAGAGCAUCGAGUUCAAAACACCACCUAAAAGCCACCCCCCGAGAAAAGCAGAGCCAGGUCUCUCCUGAUUCUGAUGACCUGAUUAGGAUGCUGGAAUCGGAGACACUUCUGUUGACCUAUGCCUCCCUAAAGAUGGAGAAGAAUACCGCUUUCUUGGAAGGGCAGGCCGAGAGGAACCUGCUAACCCUCAGCAGGGAGGCUGCGAGGCUGCAGGCGGACGCCCAGAAGAAACUGUGCAGGCUGCAGCGCCUAAGGAAGGACCGCCAGCUCUCUGAGUCGCUGGACAGACAGCUGGAAGUGCUUGGUCCCGUUUUUGAGCAGAGCCGGGCAUUCGAAAAAGCAGCUCUACUUUGGCUAGGCCCAAACCCCCAGGCUUGCCCCCCUCCAGGCAAAUCCAACAGCAAGGGGCCGGCAGCUGAAGCCGCCCUCUGCCAAGCUGCUUGA